CACAGACUAUGUUGUUGCCAUAGUAGUCCUACAUGCAGCUUAAGUAUUCAGUUUUCUGACCUGUUCCACCUACACAGGGCAUUUUACGUUUUAUGAAUGAUGGCCUAGAAGGGAAAGACUUACUUUGGAUUAAAUUCAGUAUGGGAAAAUGCUUAAGCUGCCAGAAAGAUGACCAGAGCUCCCAACAAAAUUAUCCUGAGGACCUAGUUACUCCACCACACACGCGUCUUGGAUCCUCUUGUAUUUUACAACCAAAAGCAGCUCUGGGUUUAAUAACUUGUCGUCCUUCUUCAACAAGUAAGUUAAAUAGAAAAUUCUCUUCUUCAUCAAGUGGAUCCAGUCGCUUUUUUCCCUCUAGACGACGACAUAAUUUACUGGCAAGACUUCGAAGGAGAUGGAGACAGCAAAGUAGAGUUAACUUUGAUUCUCAGGAAGACGUAACUUCCAAUGUCACAAGAUCUUCAGAUCACAUUAGUGCCACUAGAUCUCGAAAAUGUUUUUUAUCCCCCCACCUAAGUGUAGUUUCCUGUUACAGGAGUAGCCUUGUCUAUGAUACUCCGCGAGGUAGUCUGAACCUGUCUCAUGCAAAGGAGAUUCAAAGCUUUUCUAAAAAAUCAAGUAGUCAUGACACUCAAAAACGUAUAAGCUUCUCUGGUCCUGACCAUGGCGCUAAGUCCUUUCCAAAUUUGGAAACAAAAGCCGUUUCUCCAGGCCAUUGGACUGUUGAAAGGACAUCUCACUCGCAAAGCCUAACAGCAUCUCCCUUUUCUCUUCCAACUGUUAUGUCUUCUUCCAGUCAAGUAACUUUAUCAAUUGCUGAUGGCCGAGAACACGGCCAACUAAAUAAGGAUUCGGAAGAUGCCCUUCAUCACAGGUCUCAGAGUACAAAUUACUCUCCAGGUGACACCAAACGUCUAUCUCAGAAUAGAACUUCCGCCAGCCUCUCCCAUGAUGAACUUCCUUCACUGUAUAAAGAUGUCAACAGCUUAAUCGUUGAAGUUACCUCAGGCCCCUUUGAAGAAGGUUUUGCUGCCUCGCCUCCAGAUGAAGAAGAAACAGCUUCACCUAUUGAAAUGACUGAAAUAAGGUAUACUACAGCUAACACUGACACAGAAGAACAGAGUUUCCCGGUCCCUCAGGCUUUCAACACACACAUAGAGGAGCUGAAGCUGGAUGUCCUCCUCCAGAAGGUAGACCGUUUGCGGAUAAACGAGGCUAACAAAAUGGAAAGUUUUGAGCUUCUGUGUGACCACAAAGAAAAGUUUAGCGAGGAAAUAGAGUUUCUGUGGAGACUUGCCCGUGCCUAUGGAGACAUGUAUGACCUGUCUACCAAUACACAAGAAAAGAAACAUUAUGCUAAUAUCGGGAAAACAUUGGGAGAAAGAGCUAUCACGAGAGCGCCCACGAAUGGACACUGCCAUCUGUGGUAUGCAAUUUUAUGUGGUUAUGUAUCUGAGUUUGAGGGAUUGCAAAACAAGAUUAACUGUGGACAUCUAUUCAAGGAACAUCUGGACAAAGCCAUCCAGCUCUUACCGGAAGAGCCCUUGCUGUACUACCUCAAGGGAAGAUACUGUUACACUGUCUCAAAACUCAGCUGGAUUGAGAAAAAAAUGGCCGCUACUCUGUUUGGGGAAAUACCAUCUUCAACGGUUCAUGAGGCUUUGCAUAACUUCCUUAAGGCUGAAGAGUUGCAACCUGGCUAUUCUGUGUCCAACUACAUGUUUGUGGCCAAGUGUUACGUUGAUCUCGAGGAAUCUCAGGAUGCUUGGAAAUUCUGUAACUUAGCAUUAUUACUGCCUAUUGUUACCAAAGAGGACAAGAAUUCACAUAAAGAGGUGAAAAAAAUAAUCUGUUCUUUGAAGAGGCGGAAAGUAUACAAGAAGAAUCGUGAGAAUACUGAAAAUGUCAAGUCAAAGAAUGUGGCGAACUACAAAGACUAGAUAGUGAAAAUAAAGCGUGUAAAACUGUGGUCCUCAAAGACA